AUGUCAGUGAGUUCCAAGCAAAUCCCUGAUGUGACAUCUCAAUCAGUGGUUACUAGACUGUCAGAUUCUACUCAUGGACAAACAGUGAGACGUCGACGAACUAAACUAACUUCAGAAAAAAAGAUAGAAGAUGAUGAAUUCAUGGCUGCUGCAAUUGGUGAUGUAGAAUGGCUUAAACACAGUUUGAAAGAUUCAGGCUCUUCAAUUAAGUAUGAUAAAAAUGGUUUUGCAGCGAUUCAUUUAGCCGCCAUUCAUGGACGUCUUGACUGCCUUAAGAUGUGCAUUGACAAAUUUAAGACCAACAUAAAUUUGCCGAGUUCUACAGGCUGGAGAGCUAUUCAUUUAUGCAUCAACAGCCAGACUGGCAAGAGGUCUUUAGAUUGCCUGGCUUACCUGCUUGAAAAGGGUGCUGAUUGUUCUGUUUCCAAUGAUGAUGGAACUACACCAGUCCAUCAGGCUGCUAGUGAAGGCCAUGUGGAUUGCCUUAAAAUGUUGCUAGCCGCAAAUGCCAAAUUUGAUGCCAAAGACUGUCGAGGCAACACACCACUUAAUCUCGCCAAACUGUGGGGCCAUCGUCAAUGUGCAAGAAUUCUUGCAGCUGGAAUAUGGAGUGAAAAUAAAGACUUUUUUGCAAAAGAAAUGCAUCAGCUUAAGAAAAUAAAGAUGCAACAAGUUCUGAGAGAGUUUGAAGCUGAAGAAAAAAGGAGAGCACUGAGACAGCACACUGAAACUGAUGUCUUUACACAGUGGGCAAGAAAUGGAAAUGAGGCACAUAAGUCACAAGACAAUCAAAAUCUCACAAUUAGUAAAGAAUGUGUAUAUAAACCAGACAGUAUUUUGAAAGCAGCCAAAGAGACUGAAUUACAUAUUAAAACAAUGAAAUUACCAACAAGUGUAAGAAAAGCGUCAGAUGACAUAAGUAUUACAAUGAAUGAAAGUGCAGAUGUUAAACCAGUCACUGAACACAGCAAGUAUAAAGAAAUGUCUAACAGUGAAAAAUCAAAGAAAUUGAAUAAAAAAGAAACAGUUCAUAAAUUAAAAUCAAACUGGAAUGUCUCAACUAAAGCUAUAAACAGUCACUAUUUACGCAACUUGGAUGAUGAUUACCCAAGGGAUGAGUAUACCAUGAUGCCUCAGGUGAAAGGAGUACCCCGGUUUUAUGAAGGCAGAUUCGUUCAUCCCUUUACACUAGACAACAUUGAUGAGGACAUUAAGAGGAAAGGGUCUGCCGCAAAGCUAAGAAAACCCAGACUGCCAAAAGAGUUGAUAAAUUUUGAAUUAUCUGCAGUUUCCAGUGCUAAUGAUAGAGGAAUGAUUUUCAAAUGUAAGCAUAUAGAUGAUAUUUCCAUAAAAAAGAAAUUUGACAUUGACAAAAAGGGCUGUUCUGAAGUACCAUUGCAUUUAUCAAAUGAUAUAAACUCACACUUGGUACAACAUAGUGUUCGAGUAAGGCACACUGCACCCACAAAUACCUAUUUAAAAUUACAUAAUAUACCUUCGGAAACUACAAUAAUAAUUUGCCAAGCCUUUAGUCUUGGAGACUUGUAA